GGCCUCCGACGCCGUAGCUGGCAUCCUCCUCGCUCCCUCUCACACGAACGUCCAAAAUGUCGCUCGCAUCGACGGCCAAGCGAGCACUGCGCCCCUACUCCACCUUCUCUGACGAACCGCUCGGCAAAGCUCGCCCUCGUCGCAACUGGACGCCGAGAGAUUCGCCCCCGCGUCGCAACUGGACGCCGACAGACCCACCCAUCCCACGCAAAAGCCUCGGCCCCUUCAUAGCAAAAGAGACUACCAUCACGCGAAACGCCAUCUACAUCCGCCCCGAGCGACACCUAUUCGACGUCUCGGAGGCGUUUGCGUUGGUGCGCGGGCUCGAGCAGCGGUUCGGGAGGAUCCAGGAUUUUCGAUUCUUGCGGGAACACGAAGUGCCCACGAGCCUCCAGGGGUUUUUCUGGGCCGUCUUCGCUGACGACUCCGGGCGCGAGCGGAUAGGCGCGGAGGGGAUCAAGAUCAAGAUGCGCUUGCCGGCGAAGAAACUGUACGAUGGGGGCGUCGGCCUCGCGGACAUUCACCGCUUCCUUGCCCCCGCAGACCUGCAGCCUGCGGAGGUAAUUGAGGAGGAGCUCAAGGAAGCCGAAGACCAGGUCCAAGCUGCUGCAGAGGACCCUUCGAAGCAGCCACAGUUUGAAACCAUCGACGUGGAAGUGAAGCAUGCAGUUAUGUCAACUUCAGCGUGCCGUACAGGGAGAAGCAGGUGCGGCAUGGGUACUUCUUCGCGCUGCGAUGGCUUCACUGGGGAGGGUUCUCGACCGGCACGGGCGUCACCGUCCCCCAACCGAACCUAGACACCGCCAACGAGUUUUGGCAAACCGUGGUCGACCAGUGGAAGAAGACACACCCGGAACACCAAGAAGGCAUGAAAGUGGUCCCCUCGCGGGAAGCGGAUUCCGCGAUGCCAUCUGCGUCGGACGAGGCAUGGACGACGACGGAAGACUCCCCUCCGCCAGCCUGGACCCCUCUCGACCUCGGAGAGCCAAUCACACCCAUGGCCGACGAGCCCCCCGCCUCUCCCUCUACACCCGCGGACACGACGGCCCUCCCGCCGCCUCUGGCGGCCACGACACGCACACCGUCCGACACCCCCCAGCUGGCCCUCGAGCCCGACGCGCCGAGGACGCGCCAACCUCCCAAAAUGUCGCGCCGCGAGUGGGUCCUACAGACCGCGCGGGAGAGCGCGCGCGCGCGGGUCGCCGAGACUGAGGCUCAAGAGAAGGAGGCGGGGGCGGGGCCUGUGGACGAGAAGAAGCGGCCGGUCAUCGAGCGGCUGCGGAAGCUCAUUGGGGGCUCGUUCUUGUAAGAACGGGGCCUCGGGGCCUCCCAGUGUGCCUCUCCUCCUAUUGGGGGGUGCUGGGUUAGAUCUAUACGGUACAUUUCUGGCUUAAUGGUAUCGGAGCAUCAUCCCCAUUCAUCGUUACGCACACGGCAUCGCGUGUCCUCCUUAUGAUUAUCGUUGAUCAUAUCCAUAGCCUCAGAAGACGUCGUGCGUGCUUGCCUCUCGGGACUCGCCACCGCCGGGAUGGUCAGGACCAGCCAGCAGCAAGUGCGUCCAGCAACAUCCCCGUCCCCGCGCGCGAAUUUUGUCCGCAAAGAGGCGUAUGUACGAGUCCGUCGCGUGCCACACCUCGAGAACGGCAUAGAUAUUAUCACCCCCC